UACUAAAAUGUUAAGUGACCGAAAAUCAAUAAUUAAUCUGUGACCGAAAAUUGAAGAUGUUAAACAGAAUACUUGUAUUGUUUAUUUAUUUACAAAAUACAUAAAAUACAUUAAAAAUGGGUACCCAGAAACCUGGAGAAUGGGCUACCACGCUUAUAGCACGGUUUGAGGAGCAAUUGCCAUAUAAAACAGGAGCGCAGAAUCUCCAUUCUCGCAUAAAUGAGGAACAGUGCAAAGCAUGUUUAGUACAGAUUAGUCGACAUCGCUUCUCGCUUGUUAUUGCAGGCCUCACGAAAAUCCUGCAAAGGGUUAAUGAAUUGUAUCAACCACCAGUGGUUUACAUAAGCCGUCCGCAGGCUGAGCCAGAAAAGGGGUACCAUGACAGUUUAGUGAUAGUGCUAGACACAUUAGAGAUAUGUUUAAGCUCCCAGCCCAAAGACACUGCAAAAUAUGAUGAAGCAAUGAAUGUGAAGAUAUUGUUGAGAGAAGUGUGCCAGUUUAUUGAUCUCCGCAAUGAAACUAACUUAAACAACACCCUGCUGCGACAGUUGGCUAGUAAAGUAUUGUUUGCCCUCAGUCUCAACUUUUUCAAUGCAGUUUUCAACAGAAUAAGUGCCCGUUUACAGGAACUCGCAUCUAGCUCAGAAGAAAACCCCGAUUAUACAGAUAUAGAGUUAAUACAACAUGUUAAUGUUGACAUAUUGAGGCUUGUGCGAUUGCUCACAGAGUCUAUACAAAAGUUUAAGUUGUUAAGGAAAUCUGCGCAUAUAGUGCUUGUGGUGUCCCUAGAGAAAGCUGUAUGGAAUUGGAUGGACACAUAUCCCCAGGAAUUCGCAGAAGUACAAAGUCGGCCUAAUGACGAACUUAGCAAAUGUUGCGACACUUUGUUUGAUAUUCUACAGGACAGCUUUUCUGAUAACAAAAAAUCACGGGUCGCUAUGUGGCCCCUGCAGAUUAUGUUGCUUGUUUUAAACCCCAAAGUUUUAGAAGAAAUAGUGAACGCGGAUACCGGAGCUCCUUGCAGUCCGCGGCAUACUAAGAAAAAACAUUUCAUCGAUUCGGUCAAACGUGGUUUGAGUCCCCACAACAACUCGAAGCAAAUGACUGAAGCAGCUAUAGUGACAUGUGUAAAGCUCUGCAAAGCGUCCACUUACCUCAACAUUGCAGACUCCGGCAAUGUGACUUUCGUGCUCGUCAAAUGUGUCAUCAACGAUCUUAAGGGUCUGUUGUUCAACCCGAACAAACCAUACGCCCGGGGUGCCCUGACCCCCGGCUAUUCGGAACUUGACCUCCUGAGCGACUGUUUCGUAUCGCUCUUCCGCAUAAUGCCUCAUUCAAACGACGCGUUGAAAACCUGCCUGAAUCUCAAUACGCACAUCUCCUACCACUAUAUCAUCGUUAAUUCUUUACUCAGGAUAAUAAAACAGCCCCGAUUACAAUGGUGGCCACAAAUAGAGCUUCUUUAUCCCAGAGCAGCUGAACUCAGAGCUAUGUUCACGGACACCUUGAAUAAAGCAACUCAAGGCUAUAUUGUUCACACACCCCUACGUAUGAUAUCGCUAUCGCUCAAAUCCAAGGAGGUUCAGUCGAAAUUCAAUAAAUCUGAAGAAAUGCCAGCGUAUCGACACCUACUUAUGCUGCUUGUGAAGUUGAUACACGCAGAUCCCAUGUUGAUGUUGAGUAAUCCAGGACGUUCUGGGCUUGAAAUCCAAUCGUCCACAACAGAACUGAUAAACGGCCUAGUAUCAUUGGUACACCACACAGGAAUGGGAGAAAUAUCACAAGAAGCUAUGGAUGCAUUACUGGCAUUGCACAGACCUGAUAGGGUCCAUAUGUGGAACCCAGAAGCGCCUUUGAAUACAUUCUGGGAUAUAAGUUCUCAGGUCCUAUACAACAUCAGCCAGAAACUUAUACAGCGUCAAAUAAACAACUAUCGGGAAGUAUUGAGAUGGUUAAGGGACGUGUUAACGUGCAGGAACGAAUAUCUUGCAAAGCACAAAGAAUACGCUAACGUCGGCUCGCAGAUACCUAUUUGCAAACAAGCGCACAUAAAACUUGAGGUGGUGUUCUUCAUGUGUCUCUGGUCGAUAGAUACUGAAGCUGUGUUGGUCGCGAUGUCUUGUUUCGCACUGCUCUGCCAAGAGGCUGACAUACGCUGCGGCUCCGAUGAUCUCUCUGCACACUGCUUGCUGCCAAACUACGCGGUCUUUCAGGAGAUCGCGCAUACUUCAACCGUGCUAACAACUGCAGCCAAUCAGGAUGUAGGGAAGGGCUGUUUCUACAAAAAUAUUCACAGUUCAGCUGGACUCCAAAAACGUAUAAUGGCUUUGCUAAGAAAGAUUGAACACUGUGUGAACGGCGUGCAACCGGUUUGGGAAGAAACUUUUCGAUGUUGGGACUCCAUAUGCAAACUACUGCAGAAGUAUCCCAAAGGUUUGGGCGGCCCUGACGAACCCCCAGAGCCUUUACACCGCACCGCUGCUAAACGACGGGUAUCACAUCACACCAGUACCGAGCUGGACUUUGAGAUGCAAAUCCAAGAAUGGGCAAACAUUACAUCGUUUCUCUGCGCCCUUGGAGGGGUGUGCCUUCAGAGAAAACCUACACCGAUGUGGACACAAAUACUUACCAACGAUGUGAAAAAAUAUAACGUCCUGGCGAAUAGUACUCAAGAUGUCCAAUAUUGCCCUGUAACUCAAUUCAUCGGCCAACUGCUCAGAUUACUCCUCUGCAGCAAUGAACGUUUCGGUGCUCAGAUACAGAAAAACCUGAAGGAGUUAGUGGGAAACGAAAUGUCACCAGCUCUCUAUCCAAUACUCUUCGACCAAAUAAAGGCUAUUGUUGACAAGUUUUUCGAUCAGCAGCAACAGGUGAUGUUAACAGACAUUAACACCCAAUUCGUGGAACAUACCAUUUUCAUUAUGAAAAGUAUAUUGGAUAACAAGAGCAACGAUCAGCCGUGCGAACACCUGAGUACUACGUCCAUUGAGGGCUUGAUGUUGGCUAUCGUAAGGUAUGUCCGCCAUUUGGACAUGACCGUGCUCUCGGUUCAAAUAAAAACGAAACUGUGUCAAGUUAUCGAUGCUAUGAUGAGGAAACGCGAUGACCUAGCUUUCAGACAGGAAAUGAAAUUCCGCAACAAACUAGUGGAGUACGUGACAGACUGGGUGUUGGGUACAUCGCAUCAAAUCGCGCCGCCACUACGGGCUGAUGCGUCUUCAAUCACUAGGGAGCUGGAUCAGGCGUGUAUGGAGGCUGUAGCCGCUCUACUCAGAGGCCUGCCAUUGCAACCGGAGGAAUCUGACAGAGGGGAUCUAAUGGAGGCCAAGAGUCAACUGUUUCUGAAAUAUUUCUCCCUGUUCAUGAAUCUCCUCAACGACUGUAACGAAGUGGAGCUAAGUGAAGGUCCCGGCCGUCUAGAGGCGCUAAGAAACGCAACCAUACAAGCCAUGUCCAAUUUGCUCUCAGCUAAUAUCGAUUCGGGGUUGAUGCACAGCAUUGAUUUGGGAUAUCAUCGUGACCUUCAAACUCGUGCCGCGUUUAUGGAGGUGCUCACUAAAAUACUCCAGCAGGGCACGGAGUUCGAUACCCUCGCCGAAACUGUACUUGCCGAUCGCUUUGAACAGCUUGUGCAACUUGUUACUAUGAUAUCUGAUAAGGGUGAGUUGCCCAUCGCGAUGGCUUUAGCUCAUGUGGUGGGAUCCGCACAGAUGGACGAGUUAGCGCGGGUUCUCGUCUCGCUGUUUGACGCUAAGCAUUUACUGGCUCCACUGCUAUGGAAUAUUUUUUACCGAGAAGUUGAAGUUUGUGCCGUAUCGGACUGUAUGCAGACGCUAUUUCGCGGCAACUCCUUGGGCAGUAAAAUAAUGGCGUUCUGCUUCAAGAUAUACGGCUACGGCUACCUACACAAUUUGUUAGAGCCCUUGAUAAGUGCGCUCUUGGAACAAGCUGACUGUAACCCCAAUUUGAGCUUCGAGGUUGACCCGGCAAGAUUGGACGCCGGCCAGGACAUAGAAAUAAACAGGAACAACCUACGGGACCUCACUAGGGAGGUUUUUGAUCGUAUAGUUAACUCUGCAGAUAAAUUCCCAUCGCAGCUACGUAGCAUGUGUCAUUGCCUUUAUCAGGUACUCAGCAAGAGGUUUGUGCAGUUUCCGCAGACAAGUGUUGGUGCUGUGGGCACCGUUUUAUUCUUGCGUUAUAUUAAUCCGGCUAUAGUGUCUCCCCAAGAAAUGGGCAUAGUAAACCGCCCUAUACCUCCUCACAUCAAACGCGGGCUGAUGCUAAUGUCCAAGAUACUGCAGAACAUCGCUAACCACGUGGAGUUCUCCAAGGAGCAACACAUGUUGCCGUUCAAUGACUUCCUGAGAGAACAUUUUGAGGCUGGACGGAAGUUCUUCAUCGAAAUCGCGUCGGACUGCGAAACAGCCGAUCAGACUUCCGCUCAUAACCUGUCAUUCAUCAGCGAUGCUAACGUGCUGGCAUUGCAUCGACUGCUCUGGAACCAUCAAGAGAAGAUCGGCGACUAUCUGUCUUGCAGUCGGGACCAUAAAGCUGUGGGGAGACGACCAUUUGACAAAAUGGCUACACUUCUUGCGUACCUAGGUCCGCCGGAACAUAAACCCGUGGAAUCAGCCUCAAGUCUACUAUUCUCGUCGUACGCACGCUGGUCCUCCAUCGAUAUGUCGUCAACCAACUUCGAAGAGUUCAUAGUUAAACACAAUAUGCAUCAGAAGGAGGAAUUUAAGAGCAUCAAGAGUUUAAACAUCUUCUACCAGGCCGGUACUAGCAAGAUCGGCAACCCCGUGUUUUAUUUCAUCUCAAGAAGAUACAAGAUCAGUGAAGUAAAUGCGGAUCUGCUGAUAUACCAUGUCAUCCUGACAUUAAAGCCGUUUUGCCAUCAAGCAUUCGAGCUGGUGGUCGAUUUCACGCAUACGAAUUCUGAUAAUCGUUUUAGGACGGAUUUCCUUCAGAAAUGGUUCAGCGUGCUUCCAGAAGUGGCUUACGGCAACGUUCACACAUGCUACAUAUACAACUGCAACAGCUGGGUGCGCGAAUACACCAAGUUCCAUGAGGCCAUACUCACACCGCUGCGGGGAAAUAGAAAAAUUGUGUUCAUAGACACCAACUGUCGGCUUUCCGACUUUAUUGACCCGGAACAACAAAAGCUGCCCGGAGCGACUCUGUCCCUGGAAGAGGACCUUAAAGUGUUUAACAACGCUCUCAAAUUAUCGCAUAAGGAUACUAAGGUCGCAAUUAAGGUCGGACCGUCGGCUCUACAAAUAACGUCUAUAGAGAAAAGCAAAGUUCUAGGCUUACCAGUUCUACUGAAUGACGUUUACUACGCUUCGGAAAUUGAUGAGGUCUGUUUAGUAGACGACAAUCAGUUUUCGUUGUCGAUUAUCAACGAGCCUACGCCAUUGAGCUUCAUACACAACGACUGUGACAACAUUGUUCAGUCCAUCAUACAUAUACGGAAUAGAUGGGAGCUUAGUCAACCUGAUUCCGUGACAGUCCACCAGAAAAUCAGACCGAAAGAUGUACCUGGAACGCUUCUCAAUAUGGCCUUACUGAAUCUCGGUUCGUGUGACCCCACUUUACGUACUGCGGCAUACAACCAGCUUUGUGCGUUAACGGCUACAUUCCAUUUGAAGAUUGAGGGAACUUUGCUUGAAACAUCCGGGUUAUGCAUACCAUCCAAUAAUACUAUUUUUAUUAAAUCUGUGAGCGAAAAGCUAGCGCACAACGAACCACAUUUAACCCUCGAAUUCUUAGAGGAAUGUAUUCAGGGAUUUAGAGGUUCGACGAUAGAACUUAAACAUUUGUGCUUGGAAUAUAUGACUCCGUGGUUGGCGAAUUUAGUGAGAUUCUGCAAACCAUCAGAAGAAUCUCGUCGCAAAAAUCAAGUUGCACAAAUCCUCGAGAAGCUGAUCACCCUCACGAUCGAGGAGACGGAGAUGUACCCAUCAGUUCAAGCCAAGAUCUGGGGCUCCAUCGGCCAGGUGCCAGAACUCAUUGACAUGGUUUUGGAUAGUUUUAUUCAAAGAAGUGUUAAUUCUGGUCUGGGGUCUCCAAUGAUAGAAAUAAUGGCUGACACGGCUGUAGCACUCGCGUCAGCUAACGUGCAGCUGGUUUCGAAGAAAGUUAUUGGAAGGAUGUGCAGAGCCCUAUCCAAACUGCCUAGUAAUAUUCUUGGACCGGUCACAGCGGCCUCUGUGGUGGACAAAACGUGUCAUUCACCAACAGCGAUGCUGGAACAGCACAUGAUGUGGGAUGACAUCGCGAUACUCGCUAGAUACUUGUUGAUGUUGUCGUUCAACAACUGUCUUGACGUGACGCGCCACCUCCCGUAUCUGUUCCACACGGUCACGUUCCUGGUAUGUUCCGGUACGGUGUCCAUGCGUGCCGCUACGCACGGUCUGGUCAUCAACAUCAUACAUUCGUUAUGCACUUGCAGUUCACCGACAUUCGCCGGUUUUACAGAGGAGACCCAACGGUUACUAAUGUUGUCACUCGACGAGUUCGCUCUGCCGAAGUUCUACCAAAUGUUUGGAAUUUCCAAGGUCAAGUCAGCAGCCGUCACUGCUUUCAGGAGCCCUUAUAAUCGCCAUACGGCUGACUGGUACUCUGACUCGUAUACUUGCUCUGAGGGCAGCAUAGGGCCUUUGACCGCUGGAAUACCUUGUGUUGCGGGAGUGGGGGGCCACAUCGGACUGGCUCCGGGAUCGCAGUCCGACCGUGAACGUCUGCCAUUACAGUCGCUUGAGAUAAUCGUGGACGCACUACUAGAGAUUAUGGAAGCGUGUAUGCGUGACGUACCCACUUGUGAUUGGUUGGAAACUUGGACUUCGUUGGCAAAAAGCUUUGCAUUCUGCUUCAAUCCGGCUUUGCAACCAAGAGCGCUCAUAGUUUUCGGUUGUAUAAGUAAAAACGUAACAGACGAUGACAUGAAACAACUCCUGCGCAUACUUGUAAAGGCAUUGGAAUCAUUAAACGACCUGGCGUUAUUAGAGGCGAUUAUAAUGUGCUUGACAAGAUUGCAGCCGCUUUUGUAUCCUGAAUCUCCAAUCCACAAAGCCUUAUUCUGGGUCGCAUUAUCUGUAUUGCAAUUGGAUGAACCUAUACUCUACGCGGCUGGUCUCGCUUUGAUGGAACAGAACUUGCAUACGUUGGACUCGCAGGGCGCUUUCGAUGACAAGCCAUUUGAACAAGUGAUGUUGGAAACUAGAGAACCAUUGGAAUGGCAUUUCAAACAACUGGAUCAUGCAGUUGGAUUGAGUUUCCGGUCAAACUUCCACUUCGCGCUGGUUGGUCACUUGUUGAAGGGUUUCCGGCACCCAGCUCCGGGAACCGUGUCGCGUACGUGCCGCGUGCUCGCGUCUCUGCUGUCGCUCGCGGCGCGGCCCAACCGGGACAAGUUCCAGCCCACCACGCGCACUGUUGCCUACCUUACUGCACUCGUAUGUGUAAGCGAAGAGGUCCGAUCUCGUUGCCACGUGAAGCACUCUCUACCGAAAUGGCUGCCUGACGACUGUGAUCAUUACUGCCCCGCGAUAGAACAUCAUCAGUCCUCAAUGCUUAUCCAGCCACAGUCCUCCCAUACAUCGUGUCACGGCCGAAGACAGAAAUCCUGGGACAUCCUGGAUCAAGCAGCCUUGUCUUCCAUGCUCCAUGGUGGUAAAUCUCCCACACUACAAUCCAGUAGCGGAAGUCACAGUCCGCAUCUCAUCUUAAUGUCCCACCAGGAUAUCGAAGGGCGUGCACACAGCGUUCAGCACGGGUCCGCGGGAGACGCGGCGAGGGAUUCAGACUUGGAAAGCGUUUUGGAUAGCGUAGAAGACGAGGGCCACGCUUCAUCGGGCAGCGUUGACGAAAGUGAACGACCAGCUUCAAAGUUAGUCGAUUAUCCUGAUAAUUCUACAAAGCAAAAUUCAACGGACAAGGAAACAAACAGUCCAGAAUGCAACUCUCUCUUGGAGCCAUCAGUUCUGGUCGACUUUACAACCCAGGCCCUCGUGUUGACAGUGUUGGCUACGUUGGUCAAAUAUACGACAGAUGAGGACGAAAUAAGGAUACUUUACCAGUAUCUUGCUGAAGGUUCAGUGGUGUUUCCGAAAGUGUUCCCAGUUAUCCACAGCCUACUGGAUAUGAAAAUAAAUCACGUGUUGCUGCACUGCCACGAUCAAGUCAUACUGAGCGCUGUGCAGAGUAUUAUUCAGAACAUGAUAGCGUCCGAGGACGCGAGCCAACAACAGCUGCACUAUAUGCAGAGCUGUGGCUUCGGGGGGCUAUGGCGAUUCGCUGGACCCUUUACUAAAAAUCAGUGCACAGCUGAGAGCAGUGAACUGUUCGUGAAUUGCCUGGAGGCGAUGGUGGAGACGUGCCUGCCUGGGGACGACCACGUGCGACCGCCGCCGCCGGACCCCGACCGCCCCGACCGACCAGACCUGCACGAGUUGGACCAUCUGUACCCUGGACCUGAGUUUAGCGUGUUGUCAAACUUGGUAGCAAGCGAUUUACGCACCGGUUGCUGAUACGGUGAAACACACAGACAGAAAAAACAAAACAUCAUGGCAACCCGCGCAACUAGUGUCCUCGUAUUUCUUUAGCCAAGUAACAUUGAU